AUGGAACUCUUCAGCGCUUGGGAAGCAGAGUCUUCCAAGGGGAGAACUCCUGUACCUCUGGCUGACGCGGAAUUGGAAUUGAAUUACAUGCCCGAGGAGUAUCAAAAGAAAAACGAUGUAUCCGUCAAAACCUUUUACGAACGACUGGAGAUAAAGAAACAGGGUGGAGAGAUUGCGAUCAAAGAAUCUUUUAAGAUAUCGGGCUCUCUGAGAUUCAUUUGGACGAUGGAAGAACGCCGACUUCGUUUGAAGGAUGGCAAAGAGGAAAUUCGCGAUGGAGCCUGUAACGCGGCUGAAAAAAUGGAAAAGGGAUUAUCAAAUCCUGGCGAACGGGUUGAGGAUUAUUGUGAGAAGACAUCCUCCGAUGCUGUCGCCACAGAAGAAAGAUAA